UUGUGCGCAUACUCUUCCGCCGCAGGCCAGUGGAGGUAGGGGAAGGUUAGCUGCAGUCAUGGAGGACGCAGCGACGCCCGGGCGGACUGAGGGAGUCCCUGAAAACAGAGUUCGUUCAGCGACAGAUCGGGGAGGAGCCCUGGUGGAGCUCACCCCGAACCCCGGCGGCCUGGCCCUGGUGAGCCCCUACCACACCCACCGGGCCGGGGACCCCUUAGACCUCGUGGCGCUCGCAGAGCAAGUACAGAAGGCUGAUGAAUUCGUCCGGGCAAAUGCCACCAACAAGCUAACAGUGAUAGCUGAUCAAAUCCAGCAUUUGCAAGAACAAGCCAGGAAGGUAUUAGAAGAUGCUCGCAGAGAUGCUGACUUGCACCAUAUAGCUUGUAAUAUGGUGAAAAAACCUGGCAACAUUUACUAUCUUUAUCAACGGGAGAGUGGUCAGCAGUAUUUUUCUAUUAUUUCUCCAAAGGAAUGGGGAACGAGUUGUCCACAUGACUUCAUUGGUGCCUACAAGCUACAGCAUGACUUAUCCUGGACUCCCUAUGAGGAUAUGGAGAAGCAAGAUGCUAAAAUCAGCAUAGUGGACAAAUUGCUAAACCAGCCAAUGGCCCUGCCUCCAACGCCUGACCCCAACUUCCAGGGACUGACUCACUGAAAAUGGACUCUGACAAACAGCUCUCACGGCAAGGACCUGUCACCUCCUUAUUGCCCCCAUUCUCUGCCUUGAAGGGAGGUGGCGGGAGAAUUGAGGAUGUGUAAGUGAAUCAUGAACUUCUUGGAAGGAGACCCUAUGUGAUUGUAAUGCUGUCAUUAUUAGUUUUAGUUGGGAUGGUAAUGAGUCACCUCAGUCUUUUUUGGGAUCCUCUCUGGGUCACAGAUACCCACCCAGCCAGUUUCAGCAUACUGGCUAGUCUACUUUCCUUCUCCUUUGUCUCCUUCUCUUCUCCUAAGUCAGAGCAUUAGAGAAAGAAGAGUUUUUUCUUCCCAUAAAAAGGUUGGCAAGGA